CGUUCCAUAUCUAGUCAUUUGCUUCCCCAAGAACAAAAAAGAUCUAGUCAUUUGUUUGAUUCCUUGAGAAGAAGGUAUCUUUUGCGUGCUGAGGAGUGACUCAAUUGAUUGCUUAAUUUCCAGCCAGAGAUUCUAAAAGUGGACAUAUGAAGAAGAUAAGGUACUAUAUCAGAAUUUAUGAGAGAAGUGAUGAUGAACGACAGUACUGGAAGAGAAAGAAAGAGAUAUGACAUGGGUGUCAUGUACUUUUCUAGUAAUUCUUCUUCAUGUAUUUGCGAGUCUUGUGCAAUUCUGUAGUUGCCAAAAUGGGAUUGGUUUCAGCAGAAAUGAUUUUCCAACUGAAUUUGUUUUUGGUUCCGGAAGCUCAGCCUACCAGGUUGAAGGAGCUGCUAACGAGGAUGGAAGAACUCCAAGCGUAUGGGAUACUUUUACUCAUGCCGGAAAAAUGGCAGACAAAAGUACUGGCGACAUAUCCACUGAUCAAUACCACAGAUAUAAGGAAGAUGUUCAACUCAUGGUGGACACAGGUUUAGAAGCCUAUAGAUUUUCUAUCUCGUGGCCAAGGCUUAUACCAAAUGGAAGAGGACCUGUUAAUCCAAAGGGUCUAGAAUACUAUAACAACCUCAUCAAUGAACUUAUCAGCCAUGGCAUUCAAGCACAUGUUACACUUUUUCAUUACGAUCUUCCUCAGCCACUCGAAGAUGAAUACGGAGGAUGGUUAAGCCGCAAGAUAGUGAAAGACUUCACAGCAUAUGCUGAAAUCUGUUUUAAAGAAUUUGGUGACAGAGUUUCGACUUGGACAACAAUAAAUGAGCCUAAUGUCUUUGUUUUAGGGGCCUAUGACUUGGGAUUUCUGCCGCCACAAAGGUGUUCCUCACCAUUUGGGUUCUUCAACUGUACAGAUGGAAAUUCCACAACAGAGCCUUACCUUGUUGCUCAUAAUAUCAUGAUAGCUCAUGCUUCUGUAACAAGAUUGUACAAAACCAAGUAUCAGGCUAAACAACACGGGCUCAUAGGAAUCAACCUCUUCGCUUAUGGUUUUAGUCCUCUGACAAACUCUGUUGAAGAUGUUGCAGCAACUCAAAGAGCCAGUGAUUUUUAUAUGGGUUGGUUUGCUGCUCCUUUGGUUUUCGGUGACUAUCCCGAAACAAUGAAGAGAAAUGCUGGCUCAAGACUUCCUUCUUUCACCUCAUAUGAAGCAAAAUUAGUUAAGGGCUCAUGUGAUUUCUUUGGAUUGAACCACUAUGCUUCGUAUAACGUAAAGGACAAUUCAGAAAGCCUAAAGAUCCAACAAAGAGAUUUAUCUAUGGAUAUGGCUGCCCAGUUCAUAUCUAAUUGGUCUGGUAAAGGAAAAGUAUUGCCUGAUGAAUUCCCUGUUAUGCCGUCGGGGUUGCAAGGAGUUUUGGAGUACUUUAAGCAAGAUUAUGGAAACCCUCCCAUAUAUAUUCAUGAAAAUGGUCAAAGGCUCUUAGCGGCACCACGUGAGAAGUCGUUGAAUGAUACAUCGAGGGUGAAUUACUUGAAGGGUUACAUUGGAGGUGUUCUUGAUGCUUUGAGGAAUGGAUCCAACACGAAAGGUUACUUCACAUGGUGUUUUAUAGACUCGUUCGAGUUGUUGGAUGGCUACACUUCAAACUUUGGCCUUUACUACGUAGAUUUGGUCAAUGAUCUAGAUUUAAAGAGAUAUCCAAAACUUUCAGCACAUUGGUAUUCAAAUUUUCUCAAGGGAGGAGAUAAGAAAAACAUUGACAUUUUUCUUGAAAAUGAUAAAAUUUCUCAUUUUUCACAGUAGAAAGUUGUAUCUGUAUUAUAAGAAGCUUGUAAACAUAAACCAAGUGCAUUCAGUGCUUGACACUUCCCUCAUUGUUACAUGCAAUUUCAUACCAUUUGCAUGGACUUCAUUCAUGUAGCCAUUUAUCUUCCAAGAUGGGAGGAUAAAGGAAAUUUGGUUAAUAAGGCUAUUAAGAGUCUUUUUUGCUGUA